AUGCUGAACCAUCAUCAUUAUGAGCGGCUAGACUCUGGGUCACGGUCAGGAUCACAAUCAGGAUCGGGGUCUAGUACUUUGCGAACUACUACAAAUUUAGACUUGCCAGCACAUCCGCCACAGUACAAGGACAUCGGCAACGGCAACGGCUUUGAUAACGAUAACAACAUUGAUUCAGCUUUAUACCAUGCAUCGGCAUCUUUAGAUUCUGAUCCCACAGGCUUACCAGGCUCCUCUCCUUCUUCUUCUUCUUCUUCGCGCAUGCUACAGUUUGAGAUAGACGAACCGCAACCUGAACAAACAUUCAUUAAUCGAGCACAAUCAUUUUCAAAAAAGUUUGCCAAUAAUUUCCAAACACGAAUACUACAUCCCGUGAGCAAAAUGAUCGACCCCAUAUACGAAGGAUACAAGUUUUUGCAACUACAUUAUGAAAAGCUGAUUCUCAAGUUGGGUAACCCUUUGGUUGUGAAACGUUUAUUGUACGUUUUGAUAAUGAUGUUGGUUAUCUUUGGAAUAUCAAGAUAUACCGCUAAUGAGUACUUUAGUGGACCUGCAAGUAGUGGUGGAGCAUUUUCAAGUGGACAGUAUGAUCUCACAGAGAAAAUAAUGGCCGAAGUUGCCGAGAUGAUUGACGCAAAAUCGAUGAAAGAACAUCUCGAGUAUUUCUCAUCUGUCCCCCACAUCAGUGGCUCAAAGGGCGAUCUACUAUUGGCAAAAUAUACAGAAUUGUUUAUGAAAACAAAUGGUCUCCAAAACGUGGGACUAAAUGAGUUUAGUACAUUUCUCAAUUAUCCCAGUUCCGAAAACACCUAUAUAAGACUGUUGGAUGGCUCUUUUACAGCUAAAUUGUACGAAAAAGAUAAUCAAGGCAUGGAGUCCUUAGCCUACAACCAAAACGUUUUGAACAAUGUCGAAGUAAUCAAGACUCAAUAUGUCUAUGCUAAUUACGGUUCUCAUCAGGACUUUGAAAAUUUGCAAAAACAUGGUGUUGAUAUCAAUGGGAAAAUCGUGUUGGUAAAAUAUGGCGGAUCCACACCAGAGCCAAAAAAGAUAUUCUUUGCCCAACAGCACUCAGCAAAAGCUGUUAUUUUUAUAACACCGCAAGUGGAACCUACUGGUGAUGCGAUACAGAAGGAAAGCAUUGCUUUUACUCGAUUGGUCACGGGCGACUCACAAGGCUUUGGGUGGCCAACAAAUGAAGAUGGGUAUGUGACCAAGUUAUCAUGGGAGAUGUCGGAAAUUGUGCCAAAAAUAGUCUCAAUUCCAAUAUCUUGGAGAGAUGGAGAGAAAUUGAUAAAGAAGCUAGCAGAUGGCUAUAAAUUCGAUGAUGGAUUUAGCGGUACUGGAAAGAACGGCGAGGAUUCAUUUACACUUGAGAUGAAAGUGGACAACAUCGAUAGACCACACCAUCCGAUAUGGAAUGUAAUGGGCUCGAUAAAUGGAAGAGGAAUAGGCGAGCAAGGUGUUAUUAUCGGGGCACAACGAGAUGCAGCUUGCUAUGGAACAAUUGGAAGCAGCACCGGGAUGGCUGCUUUCCUUGAGCUUAUUAAAAUCUUGACUACAUUGCAGCGGAAAUACCAAUGGGCACCAUCAAGACCAAUUUAUUUCAUUUCCUUUGACGCAACAGACUAUAAUCUUGCCGGUUCCACAAAAUGGAUUGAGAGUCGGAAAGAUGCAUUGAGGCAAGAUGGAUUCUUAUAUAUCGACAUGAGUGAUUUGGUCUCCGGAGAUGAACUACAGGUCAAUAUGCAUUCAUCUAUGAAGAAAAUAGUACACGAUGCCUUGAAAAAAGUCAGCACAGGAGGCGAAUCGCUUUUAAAGGUUAUUGAGAAUCAGAAGAAGCCAAAUCUUGAAAAUAAUUUUCUGGAGACGAAAAAUUAUAUGCCAUUUAUUAAUCUUGUCAAAAUACCUGCUUUGGAAGUCAAAUAUAAAGGCAAAACGUACCCAAAGAACUCGUGUUACGACGAUUUUGAGAACUUUGAAAAGUCAAACAUCGACAAGCUGAUGCUGAAGCAUUCUCAAUUGGUUGAAUUGUUAUCCUACAUCAUUCUAGAUUUUGUCGAAACACCUAUAGCGCCAUAUGAUUACGUCCCACUGUAA